CAGAAUGGCACAGUUCAAGCGCCAGAAGCCCCUGCGAACCAGCAGCCUUCAGGGAGCCCGAUCCUUUUCAGGAACACAGCCGGCCUCUCUCCUGGGGCCUGCGCCGGGCCUAUUAAAUCCUCCUAUUUCAGCGGAUAUCAUUCAAGCAGCACGUCAUCUUCAGGGAGGAGAGAAGCAGCGCGUUUUUACCGGCAUUGUCACCAGCCUUCACGAUUAUUUUGGCGUGGUGGAUGAUGAAGUUUUUUUCCAGUUAAGCGUUGUUAAAGGCCGGAUUCCACAGAUUGGUGAGAAAGUGCUGGUGAAAGCUGUUUACAACCCCAGUCAGUCCGUGCCCUGGAAUGCUUUGAAGGUCCAGACAUUGUCAAAUCAGCCUCUUCUGAAGCCCCCCACUCCUCUGCUCCAUGUAGCUUCUUUGGGACAGAAGCAAGGCAUUUUGGGAGCUCAGCCUCAGCUGCUCUUCCAGCCACACAGGAUCCCACCUCUCUUUCCCCAGAAACCAAUGAGCCUCUUCCAGACAUCUCCAUCACUCCACUUGGGCCACCUUGGGAGAUACGCUGGUCGAGGUCCGAAAGGCAGGCAGGAGUCAGGCAGAUGGGAUGACUUUGACUCCAAGAAGAGAAAGCAGAAGGGUAACGAGCCCUGGGGGGUGAAGAAGCCUCGUCACGAGCCACCCCAGUACCGAGUCCAGUUGGCUUGCUAUACUGUGAACAGCCCCUUCUGCGAUGCCAUGGAAAUCUUGAGGCGCUACUGCAGCAUCCAGCUGCCCAAAGAAUUCUAUGACGUCCGCCUCUGCUGGUUGGACACCUUCCCUCUGAGCCAGCCAUUGACUCUGAAGCAUCCUAGUCGUAUCCAAGUGACCGGUCCUGCUGAAGAAUCGUCUCAGACUGAAGAGGAUACAAGGCAGGAGGCUGAGCCGGAGGACGCAAAUCCUGCAUUCAGUGCCAAGGUUCUGCUGCUUGCUUCUCCCGGCAUCGAAGAAUUCUACCGCAAUUGUCUGCUUUAUAUCGAGGAGCCCAGUGAUCAGAGGGAGAUCCCUGAACAUCCCACAAAGCAAAUUAAGUUCCUGCUGGAAAAGAAGGCCGAUGAGCUGGUGCUCCUGGGAGGAGAGUGGUCCCCCUCUCUGGAUGGUCCUGACCCAGCUACGAGCCCCACGGUCCUGAUCCGCACAGCCGUUCGUUGCGUCAAAGCCCAGAUUGGCUUGGAUUUGAGCACCUGCACGAAGUGGUACCGGUUUGCUGAGUUCAGAUACCUGCGUGAGGGAAAUCCAUCUUGCCAGGAGCAGACCGUGGUUUUCUUGCCCGAUCUUUGGAGCCUGAUGCCAUCUCUGGAAGAGUGGGAGGCCUCGUGCAAGCAGAAAGCAGAAAAGGCCACGCCGCCUUCGGAAGAAAAAAGUGAGGCGGUGGAAGAAACUGAACAAACCUCCGAACCAGGUCCGGAGCAAGAAAUGGAGUCCUGCGAGCAGGAAAUGGACUCGGCUGAACCGGUCCCGGAGCCCGCCCUGGAGACGUCGGCUUCUGAACCAGAGACCCCAACUCCUCCGCUGGAGCCAGCCAUAGUUGUUUGCUCUCAGCUGGCCCUGCAAAAUGGGCAGCCUAGUUGUACCAACGUCUCUCUUUACGCUUUGCUGGAGUACAGGAGGCAGCGGGAAAAGCUCUCCUUUGAGGUGGCAGUGGUGGCAGAGACUUUCCAGGAGAUGCUUCAGCGUGAUUUUGGCUACAAGCUUUAUAAAGCCCUGCUGGCCCUGCCAGAAAAGGAGGAGCCGCCAGAGGCCAAGAAUCCCGAGGCGGAAAAAGGGAUCAAAUCUGAAAAGGAGGCGGAGAACGAACUGAAGGAGGAACCUCAGGAGAAACCCGGAGCAGAAGAUACACCAGAGAGUAACCAGAAGGAAGUUCAAAAUUUUGUAUAUAACCGUAUCGGUUUCUCUUUGCUUUGGGGCACAGCCAUCACACUGUUCAUGUCCUUUUCAUUCGUGCAGAGAGAAGGGGCCGGGGAGGCUGAGAAGAAGCCCCUGAAUCAAGAUGGGGCCAAUUCGACCAAGGAAGAGAAGGUCAGCGGGAACGUCAAAGCAGAAGCCAAGGAUUCCACCAAUGACCUCUGUGAGCUGAGCAUGGAAGAUGACCUCUUGCUCCUAAGAGAGGAUGAAGAGGAGGAUUUUGGUGUCAAGCUGGAAGAUGCUGAAGUGAGAUCUGUCGCAUCCAACCAGUCAGAAAUUGAGAUUUCCUCCCUCCCUGAAAUGCCUAGAGAGCUGGACCCAAGUACUGUGCUGCCCUUGGAUGCCCUCCUUGCCUUCGUUUACUUUGACUUGAAUUUCUGUGGCUACCUGCAUAGGAAGGAUGUGGACAAGAUCCUCCUCACACUGGGGCUUCAUCUCUGCAAAGAGCAGGUGAAGCGCUUGGUGAACAGGGUGGUGACACAGUUUGUGUGCCGUUAUCGCAGCCUGCACUACAGCCGGCAGGAAGGGACGGAGGCAGGCCUUGAAGAGGAAGAGCUGUCAGGCAACCUCAAUCUCUUGCGCUCGUCGGCUUCUUUUACCAAAUCUACCCGAGAGACUCAGUCUACCAAUUUGAUUUCCUACAAUGGGGCUGUCCUUAAUGUCAGCAAACUACUGGAAAAGGCAGAGCAGACAGAAAACAGCCGGCUUUACCUGGAAAAUAAAAUCCAUACUCUGGAGCUAAAAUUGGAAGAGACGCAGCUCCGCUUCUCAUCAACGGAGGCUUCCAACAAAGCUUUGACAGUGGAAGUGCAGGAAUUACAGAAGCGCCUUACGGAGAUGGAGGAGCAAUCUAAAGUGUCCGAAAAGCAAAAAUCCCAUUUUCAAAGGCUGCUACAGGAGAAUAAGAAGCGCCUGGUUCCUUUGCAUCUGGAAAUCCAGAAGAUAAUUGAGAAGACCAAUAACUGCUUAGAGAAAAAGGAAGCUACGUCACCCUCCGUUUCCAGCAACUGAUACUCCCUUAGUGAAGAAAACCAUCUUGGCAGGGAAGAUCUGUACACCUUGGUUUGAUAUUUUGGGGCGGUGAGUUAAGCGGUUGGGGGUUAAUAAGCCUUUGGAACUGUCCACCUUUUUUUUGCCAACUCUGUGGAAAGGCUGCUGUUGGUUUCCAUCCUCGACCACCUUUCCCCCCAGGCUUGGGGGGGAAAAGGGCCACUAGUCCCGCAUGACUAGGCGCCCCAGUUCAUCUGCUGGAACCACCCUUCUUGUUUCAAGGAAUACCCCUUAGGUAGGCAUUUUUCACGGUCUAGUGUGCGAGCGGAGAAGCUCCAGGGUAGGUAAUUUUGGGCUGUUGGCCAACAGCAAGUUAGUUCCCUACGGAGAGCCGUGCAGGGACGGACGGUUUCAGAAGACCAGGCAUCGCUAGCCUCUUUGUGCUGCUGCAUGGAGACGUUUUUAAGCCCCCCUCCACUCCCUCUCCCCUCUGCCUCUAGCUUGAGGGGGUGGCCUUCUGCCUGUCUCGGGUGGGCCGGGCGGUGCCUUGGGGAAGACGGCAACGGCCUCCAUGCCAUCAGCAGGCUUUUCGCCCGUUGCCCCAGGCCAGCAGCUCCUGCCUCUGGUUUUCCUGGAUUGUGCGUUAAGGGUAGCUUGCGAGUUCUGUUCCGGGGCUGUGGCUUGGAGUGUGAAAACCGUACAUACUCGGUCCAGCAUUUUAGCCAUUUUAAGGGGGGGAA